UUUUCCUCUCACACUCUGAAGAUGAAAAGACGUCCAAGAGAGAAGAAGAUCUGACCUGAGAAGACAAACUGACCUGGAGCUGACCUCAACCUGUGAAUCUUGUGGAAAUCAUCACUUGUUAAAAAUAGUAUUAUCAUCAUGGUUGAUCCACAACAAGAUGGGAAAAAAAAUGGGAAUUAUGAGCAGUGGACCAAGGAAGAGAGUGAUACCUUAUUAGAACUAAUGGUUGAUGCCGCCGUUAGGGGAUGGCGUGACAAUAGUGGCAUUUUAAGUAAGCAAAUAGUGGAAGAAAGAAUACUUCAUGUUCUUAAUGCAAAACUUGGGUGUCACAAGACAUACAAAAACUACCAAAGCAGGGUAAGAUGGUUUAAAGGUCGAUGGAACUCUUACUCUACCCUUAUGCGUUUUAGCUCUGGUUUUGGAUUUGAUUCAACUGCAAAGAGGUUUACUGCUUCUAAUGAAGUAUGGGAGGAAUACCUUAAGGCUCACCCAAAGGACACCGACUUGCGCUAUGGGACAUUUGAUGAUUAUGAGGACUUGGAAAUUGCUAUUGGGAAUGGUGUAGCGGUUGGGAAAAACUCGGUCGGGUUGGGUAGUGUUACUGAUGCAAGAACAUUAGGUGUUGGUGAAGGUAGAGAGGCAUGCAUAGAAGACUUUGAUUAUGAUAUAGAUUGUGAAGCAUUUGUUGGACCAAAUCAAAAUAAUCCCUCAACUCAUCCAACAUCACCCCUCCAAUCCCUUGAAAUUUUGGAGGUUCCGAGGCGAGGAACAACCCAAAAUAAAAGAGGUAGAACCGAUUAUGAAGGAAAUUCUAACUCAAUUGGGGGCACCCCUCAAAGUGGCGUUAUGAAGAAGCUUGAUAAACUUUACUCUGGUUUUGAAGUAAUGAUUAAUUUACUAGAGAAAAGAGAGCAACAAAGUAAAAUUUGGGAUGCUAUCAUGGAGAUCCCAAACUUGGAUGAAGCUACCGGUUUCAAGGCUCUUGAGUUGCUUGAUACCAAAACAAAAAAAGAUUGAUUCUUGAAUAUGUCUCCUCAACAGCAAUCAAAUUGGAUAUUCCACAAGUUGGGAGGACUAUAAAUUGUGACUUGCUAUGUUAUGAUGUCUUAUGUGAUGUUAUUAUGAAUUAGAAUACAUUUGGUCUUUUAAGUUCUUUUGAAUAUUUUGCUUUAACUAUUAUCGGAUGACUUUGGUUAUUUUGUU